CUGAGCUUGCUGCUUUGCUGGAUAAACAGGAACAAUAUUCAGCCUGGGAAACUCUAAUUUCGGAAGGCACUUCCAAAUCAGAGUCUGGCUCUCGAGAUCUGGCUCUUUUCUAUUGUAAAUUGUUGGAGUGUCACUCCAAACAAAGUUCAGAAAGAGGGUUUGAGAUUGCUUAUUCGUACCUAAGCCAGCUUCUUCAUAGUUCAUCAUCCUCUAUUUACAUAAAACGUCGUGUUUAUGAAUAUAUGGUCAGUGGUUUAUGUUAAAUGGAUAGGCCUUGUGAGGCAGAGAAUUUGGUUGAGAAUAUGAGAAUCAAAGCACUUGAACCUUCAGCAUUUGAAUUCAAGUCUAUCAUGUAUGGUUAUGGAAGAUUGGGAUUAUUCCAAGACUCGGAGAGACUUUUGGUUCAAAUGGAAAAAGAAGGGUUUGUUAUUGAUACAGUUUGUUCAAAUAUGGUUCUUUCAGCGUACGGAAUGCAUGGUGAGCCAACAAACAUGGUUUCAUGGCUUCAAAGGAUGAGGAAGACAUCAAUUCCGUUCUCGAAAAGGACAUAUAAUUAUGUUCUGAAUUCAUGUCCUGUUCUCAUGAGAAAGUUGGUGGACUUGAAUGGCUUCCCAUUGUCAAUUGAGGAGUUGAAUGCCAGUUUGGAAGGAGAUGAAGCUAUGGUGGUUGGAGAGCUAAUCAGGUCAACCGAGAUUCUAGAAGAGGUCAUGGUUUGGGACUCUAAGCAGAAAUUGUUGUGGUGUGUGGCUCAGGGAAGCAUAGCAAUCUCAGGGGACAAUCUCCUGUGAAAACGUUGGUGAAAGAGAUGAUGGUGAAGAUGAAAAGUCCUCUGAGAAUUGAUGAUAGGAAGAACAAUGGUUGUUUUGUUGGGAAAGGUAAAGCUAUGAGAGAUUGGUUGUGUUUAGGACACGAAUUAAACAAAUAUGAUAUGCAAAAUCAUAAUGGGGCCAUCGUUGC